UGGUGUUGUUUGAUUUUACUCUUUAUCAUUCUGGCUUAAAGCCAAUAAGGCUUUACAGAACUAAAUUGUGUUUUUAAUUCACUAACAUUCUCACGUAGCCAGCCCUGACUUAUUGAUAAAACACUUUACACAUCUUAGGCUUUUCAAAUACGUUUACACACAUCCGAAAAAUGCCUUUACAUGAAAAAACGUCCUGUCUUUCUUGCAGGGAGUAAAUUGCUGGCAUGAUCUGGACAACACAGAGUACGACUGCUGGCCGAUCAGCAGUCCAAAUGACUACAACAUGAUUAGCUGUGGUGGUCUGGAAAUGGCCUGGGUGCAGCGUCCUCCAGAGAAAGUAACCAACGGCGAAGAAUUCAAUGUUUCAUACACAGUGACAGCUUCAGAUUCUUUUUACGAGUAUGCAGUCAGGAACCAGAUUUUCCAGUUCAGUAAUGCGUCAGAGGCAAAGAGGUUCUGUCAUGAACACGAGUGCCCGACAAACUGGAACAACGCCAAUGAAAUGAACUGCUGUGUGUAUCACGCCAACAUCCACUCCUGUCCUCUCGGUCUCAUGAAACAAGGUGGAAUCUGUGGCCCCUGGAUUCCUGACGACGGUAAAAUAGUUACUCACACCGUAUCCAAAGCAGGCAAGAUGACCCAGAAAUACUGGACUUCAAAGGUGGUGCUGAUCCAUGUGGGAGUCACCUCAGUCAUUGCUCAUAUCAAAAUAGGGCAGAUGCACGCAGCACUGGAGUCCAAAGUGCUUGUCGUCAGUGCCCAGGUGUGUGGGGAUGAUAUCUGCGAGCUGGAGGAGAACUGUCUCAACUGUCCUGCAGACUGCGGCAUCUGCCCGAUGUCCAUCGCUAUCAAGGUGGCCAUUGGGCUUCCAGUCGCUCUCUUCAGCAGCGGCUUCAUCCUGACCUUGGUGUGGCUUCAAUACCAGAAACAGAGGAUGUUUUGGGACGAAAGUUGGAUCAUCGACUACAAGAGCAUAAUAUUUGGCAGAGAGCGCAACAUGGGCCUUGGCAGCACCACCAGCUUGCAGCACAUCAAGAGUACCUCCACCGUCAGUCGAAGCACUGAUGUGACAGUGUGCACCAGAGUCAACACCUCCUUCCAACGAGGCUUCAUCCAGUCGGGCAUCUAUGAUGGGAGGACGGUGGCAGUGAAACACAUCCAGAACAAACAUUUCACCCUCUCCAAAACCAUCAGGAAGGAAGUGAAAGAAGUGAGGCAACUUGAUCACCCCAAUCUGUGUAAGUUCAUCGGUGGUUCCAUCGAGGUCCCGUAUGUCAGCAUCAUCACGGAGCACUGCCCCAAAGGAAGCCUGUCUGAUGUCCUGCUGAAUGAUGACAUCCCCAUCAACUGGGGUUUCAGACUGUCCUUUGCCACUGACAUCGCCCGCGGGAUGUCGUACCUCCACCAGCACAAGAUGUUUCAUGGAAGACUUCACUCCAGAAACUGUGUUAUUGAUGAUCGCUGGGUGUGCAAAAUCUCAGAUUAUGGCCUGGCAGCUUACAGAAAGGAGGACUUUGAGGUCGUCAGUAAUGGCUUCACCUGUGGAGAUGUAAAUCGUAUAUAUUGUGCCCCAGAGGUCCUGCUGGGAAGCACCUCCAACAUGACACCAGCAGCAGAUGUCUACAGCUACUCCAUGAUUCUAGUUGAGAUUGCAACUCGCUCCGACCUCAUUUCAGACCAGGCUGAGGGAAUGAGGAUGGAUCUCAUGUGGCGCCCCCUUCUGCCUGAACUCAAAGCAGGGAAGGCAGAUACUGACUGUCCCAGUCAAGGAGACUACUGUGAGCUCAUUAAGAAGUGUUGGUCUCACAACGUCACCCUGAGGCCCACGUUCGAGCAGGUGAAGAAGAUGCUGGACAAAAUGAACCCGCACAAAGUCAGCCCUGUGGACAUGAUGAUGAACUUGAUGGAGAAAUACAGCAAACAUCUGGAGGCCAUAGUUGCUGAGAGAACACAGGACCUUCUUCAGGAGAAGCAGAAGACUGAUCGGCUGCUGUACAGUAUGUUACCAAAACCGGUGGCUGAUGACCUUCGUCAGGGUCGAACAGCAGAGGCCCAGAGCUUCUCCAAUGCCACUGUUUACUUCAGUGACAUUGUGGGCUUUACUCAGCUGUCGGGGGCCAGCACUCCCCACCAGGUCGUGAACUUCCUCAACCAACUCUACACCACCUUUGAUGACAUUAUUGAUAAUUACGAUGUCUACAAAGUGGAGACAAUAGGCGAUGCCUACAUGGUGGUAUCUGGGGUCCCACAAGAAAAUGGCAUCAGUCAUGCUGGAGAGAUAGCCAGCAUGGCUCUUGAUCUGGUCAGUGUCUGCCACUCUUUCAAGAUCCCUCACAAGCCCAACACACAGCUAAAGAUACGCGCUGGCAUCCACUCAGGACCUGUAGUGGCUGGUGUGGUUGGCACGAAAAUGCCUCGUUACUGUUUAUUUGGGGAUACUGUAAACACAGCAUCACGGAUGGAAUCAACAAGCGAAGCUCUGAAGAUCCAGGUGAGUGGUGCCACAGCUGACCUGCUUCACACACUCGGAGGUUACCGUCUGACAUGCAGAGGAACACUUAAUGUGAAGGGAAAAGGAGACAUGACGACAUGGUGGCUUGAAGCAAAGAUAGACGAUCACGCAGACCCACUGCUUAGAACAUCUGAAGCCAGAGGGCUCCCAGUGCCAGUUAGUGACUAGAUCUGUAAAAUGUGAAAGUAACUGUAUGUAAACUGGUUUUUUUGUCGUGCUGUUGAGUUGUACCCAGUGAACUAUGUUGGAGUUAAAUGUGCAGAUACAAUGAUAGGAUGAACAAAUAGCUGAUCAUGAAUUUAAAUGUCAUACUGAACUGUGACUCCAAUAGAUGUUACCGGUAAGUAUUAAAAUAGUGUUUGUCAUUAUUAUGGUAUCUUUGCUGUGACCAGAGAUAUUGAUGACAAGCAAAAUCCCACUGAUGAUUAUGUUGAUUAGUUUUUUUUUUUUUUUUUGCACAUGUUGGAAAGAAUGUGAAAAAAUAUGCAGAGAAACAUGCCAGAGUUGAGGAAAUGCUAUUUUAACCAAACAUUGAUAUAUAUUUUUUUCUCAUAUCUAGCUUUAUUUGGUUUUUACAUCCUGAGGCACUUUUUUUUCUGAAAAGUUAAAAGGAGAUAUUCACUGCCUGAUUAAGAGAACCCACUCUUACAAUAAGUAAAUACAUUCUUUUUAAAGAAUUUACUCCAUAAACUAUAUUUAAUUCCUUUCAUUUUAAACUAAUAACUGAGAUCUUAAUGGGUGCAGACCUUUCACACAGCAGACAGUACACGUCAUAACAGAAUUAAACAACCACUCUAGACAUGUUUUAAGCCUAUAUAAAACAUCAUACUUUGUCUAAUAAUGUGUUUCUGGUAUGUUUUUUCUACAAAGUUGUAGACACAUCUACCCCUUCUUCCUCAUUAAAAAAAAUCCCAAAUUUAUGAUUAUGCAAAUAUGUUUAAUUUUAGUUUAACUACUUUAUUGAUAAGCAAAUUGAUGGCUAUUUAUUUUUACUAAGUAGGGCCCUGGUAUUGUACAUGAUUGCUCACUGGUGUUGCUUCUUUAGAAAUUAAAAAAUUAUGUUAGUUUACAUGUAUUUUUCUGCUAUGAGAAGUCUCUGUAGCCUAAAAAAGUCUAUAUUCCUCAAAAUGGGUGUACAAGUACUUUGGAACCAGCAUUUCAAUUAAAACUACUUGUGAUUUAAAA